UCUUACUGAAACACCAAAAUGGCGAAGAUCGCCAAAACACAUGAAGGUAAGAUUAUUUAUUUACAAAGUGUUUUAAGUGGCUAUUAUAACCUAAUUUUUCGUACGUCGGGAUCAUAAUAAAUAUACGACCAAAAUGCAUCCAUUGUUUAGAAGCUAGCUACAUGUUUUAGAUCUAUUUUCAUUCGUGACAUGAUGUUGACAAUCCAGACGCAACGAGGCCGGGCGCAUAAUAGAUAAUGGCGCCCCGCUAACUACAAAGCUAGCUAACCUAGAUAAUACAGAAUUUCAAUAAGCAUGAUUGCCUUAAAAAUAUAUAUAUAUAUUAUGCUAUUCAUUUAUACUAUUUAUCGGAUGUUUGUGUAGAUAUACGUAACUUGCUAUAUUAUAUUGAUAUGGCUAGAUAUAUUGAUUUAACAGCGUCACACUGCUGUUGUAAAAGCUACCUAGCUAAGAUGGCGUUGAAGGUAAUGCUAACUAAAUACCUAACGCAUUUAACUAACCUUGCUGGACAUUCUGUAGGUUGCUAACUACGGUUUAUCUAGUCGUUGGCAAGCUAGGGCACUGGCUGAUUCCGCUCAAAUUGAAACUAAUCUUUGGUGAUGUUUUUGUACAUAUUUUUCAACAUACCCAGAUGGUCACUGACUGUUGUUCUUCCCCCUUGCCCCCCAGACAUUGAGGCCCAGAUCCUGGAGAUCCAGGGCAUGAAAGCUGCCCUGGUGGAGGAGGGAGGAGAUCAGGGUGUGGGCCUGGACUCCACUGGAUACUACGACCAGGAGAUCUACGGUGGCAGUGACAGCCGCUUCGCUGGAUAUGUCACCUCCAUCGCUGCCAAUGAACAGGAGGAUGUAAGUGCUGAUGUCAAAUCCUGUGCUGUGAUGUAAUGAUGCAUGUUUUCUUUGUAACUUUGAAAAAGUGUUGCACGUCAUCUGCAACACUGACAUCCUCUUCCUAGGGGUCAGACAUCAGCUAUUCCACUGUCAGAUUUUUCAUGGAGUUGACUACUCCAGUAUGUCUUGUUGUCUGCGAGCUGGGAGAGUCUGCCUUAAAUGGCUAGGCUUGACCAGACUCUUGUCUCGCUCUUAUUUUCAGGAUGAUGAGGAGGACUCAUCGACGAGUCUGCUUGGACAGAAGAAACCGGGAUAUCACGCUCCGGUGGCUAUACUCAAUGCAAUACCACAGUCAGAUGAACAGGUUAGCAACAGCAACACCAUCUUCUUCUCUUCCUGUAGAAUUCUACUUUGCAGUUCAAACCUGACAGAAAACCUUAUACCAAAUCUUAGUGCUAAUGUUUGGAUUUGCAUAAUUAUCCUGCUCAUAUCUUAUCAUAGACAACAUUUUUACAAUGGUUACUUAUCAUACUCUGUAAUGUUUGCCAUGAUGACAUGUUUUGUAACAUGCUGUGUUCUCUCUCCUCUCAGUACGACCCGUUCGCCGAACACCGGCCCGCGAAGAUUGCAGAGCGUGAAGACGAGUACAAGGCCAGACGACGACAGAUGAUCAUCUCUCCGGAGCGACUUGACCCCUUUGCAGACGGUAAAUUUCACCCCUCCAUGUUCUCUCCAUAGUGUCCUCCCCUGAUGUAUGUUAUGUGUUAUACUGUAACUGCCAUGAUCCCAUGGAUGCCUUUCAAGGGUUCCAACCCACCUCUCGCUGCUUAGCCCUUCGAGCACUGUGCAACAGCUUGCUCCCCAGACUAAGACCUUCCCUUGGUAAACUUUUCUGGCCCGAGGGCGGUUGGUUGUCUUGUCACUGCGCCUUUUAUCACUCAUAAUUUUGUCUCAAUAAAAUCUCUUUGCUUUUGGGGCAAACGGUCUGCAUGCCAGAUAAAAUAUUUUUUCCCCCUCGAAAAGGAGAAUAGUUGUAAACAGCUGAGGAUUAAGUUGUAUGAAAUACAACUUCUUCCAGUAAGGGGUUCCAUAUGUUUUAGGGAGAGGUGGUUGGACAUUGUCUUGGUUACAGACUUUUGUACCUAACUACAUGGGUGGCAGGUAGGCUGUGCGUGUCUCGAAGGGUUAACAGACCCAUGUGGCUAUCUAUCUCAUGUACUGAUGGCGGAAAGAACUGUGUCUUAAUCUAAAGAAAGGUAUUGGGUAAUGAGAGUAGCAAAAAAUUAAAUUGUGUGUGAUUUGAUGCUUAUCCUUGGGGUGAUUCACCUGCUCAUGCAAUGUGCCACACCCUGCUGUGCCCCUUUACCCACAAACCACCCCAUCACGAGGCAGCCAGAAGCCAGAAAUGUGCUGGUUGUCUGAAGCUUGGCUCCCAGUCAAGGAAAGCCCCCAGUUGGCAGAACACCUGGGUACAGAGCUGAGGCUUCCAAGUAUUCCUGUGUAAAACAAGAACACUCGUAAUAAGCAAUGCUAUUGGACCACCCCUUUAUUCCAUGUGGCCCUUCACUCCACUACAGUAUCAUUGUUCAGGCUUAUGGUCAGUCACCACCACUGUUGGCUUGUCAGACUUCUAGGGGUUGGGGAAGUUCCAUUAGAAGAGAUCAGGACAUAGUAAAUUAUGAGACUUACACACACAAACUGUAGUGCAGUUGUGUCAUCAACACUAGUGAGUCAUGGUCUCAGAUUUCAAGCCCAUUUAAAUGGCAUUUAGUUCAAGUCUGGUCAGGGAUCUUAACCUGGGCUCCAGGGGUCUGAGUAAUAGAGUGAAUUACAGUGACGGUAUAAUCCUUGGCCAAAGGGCUUUGGCUCCGGUUUUGUCCUGUCCCUUACCUCUCACAGGUUAAGGAGCCGUCACUUACAUAUAUUCACAUUUCUCAAAGCCUAAACCUGGCUACGGCUUGUUUGUCUUGUCAGCUUAAACUUUUGUUAGUUAGAAUGAACUGAAUAGCCUGUCAGUUUAACCAAGGAUGGCCUAUUUCUCAGAAUACAGCUUGACUAGCCAUUAAGCAUUUGAUUAACUAAACACAUACCUUGUAGAUUAAGUUUACAGUAUGUUUAUUUACACAUUGCAACAAUUUAUUUGCAAUGCAACAAUUUGCCUGUAGUGGCUGAAGCACACGUAUCUGUCUGAGAUUUAAUUGUCCUCAAUGUAGUUUGGGGGUAGGGCUGUAUCAAGCCUGCAUGUAGCAAGCUCUGUCAUAUACAAAAAUGUUGUGUAAAUAUAUUUCUAUUUCACAUCUUUGUAAAAUAGAAACAUAUCAAGAAAUCUGUGUGCCGCAAUUCCACAGGCCCAUACUAACUGUCCUUAAUUUCUCUCCUACAGCAGUACUGCUUUGCCAGUCCUGUACUGCACUCUCUUAAGGGUGCAGCAACUCAUCCUGUGUAGGUUAUGGUGAACAGACAGAAGCGUGCGCUUGUCAGUUUUGUCAGGGUCCGCUGGCUGGUUGUCUGUCUGGGUGGGGGGGAUAAAGCAGCUAUUCCUCAACAAACCUCUACCCCAACAUCCUUUUAUUUUGUUUUCUACCAAAUACUUAUUUUAAUAGAAUUAAAUUGAAACCUCAGCCAUUUUAUGGUGGUCUUUUGCUUUAGAUUUAUUUUGUAAUUCAUAAUAUAUAUAUAUAUAUAUUUUUAAACAUAUUUUUCUAAAAAGGAAGUCAAGAUCUACAUUUACGAAGUUGGAAUAGCAAUCGAAUCCCAAGUCAAACUAGCGGCUGUUCAGUAGCAGGUGGCCUGUUCCCUCUGAAACUAAGAUAUUGAUCGUAUGGAUCUAAUAGUUGCCUCCACUGCCCCUCAGGUAUACGUGUAACUACAUAUAUAUAUUUAUAUAUAUAUACUCUCCCUGCCCUGGGUUACAUAAAGUAGCUGCACAUUUAUCUCACAGAACAUUCCUUGAUUUGGUUUAAAAAUCUUGACUUCAUUUUCUUAAAAUGCUAUCAAUAAUUCGCAAUCUGGGGGAUAUUUUUAUUACUUUUUUCAUUAGAAUUUUGAGCCCCAGGAGGAUUUUUCUUUUGUGACGUAAAAAAACAAAUCACAGGUGGUAUGCUUAUGUGUGUGAGUUCCAACCCUUUUCCAAAGUGUUACUAAUGGUAAAGAGACAUUUUCUAGGCUUCUUUUCUGCCGGUUGAAGUCUGACUGCAGAAGGACCCUUGGCACUGAAAGUGUACGUAUUCUGGAGAGCACAGCCCAGGACUCCUGCAUCAGUGAUGGCUUUAUCCUCUCCUGUUAUCUCCUUAAAAGAAAGACAAAACAACCUCAGCUGUUUCUCAAUGUAUCUGCCUGUUUGUUUGUUUUUAGACAGUUAUGUUUGUAUGUAAGGCAAGCAAGAGAGGACUGUCUGUAUGUUGUGUAUCUAGGGUUGUCUUGAUGUGAUUCAGCUUAAGGAACUAAAACAGUAAAUGUUUCUAAAGAAGAAGUGAGGGCCUAGCUGAGUUGGCUGUGUUGUGCUUGCUGUCUGUGUUAUGAAGCCGGGUCCUGGGGCGUGUUCUAAUCGGCUGCCCUGUGUCUUGUUGGUGCUCUUUCGCGCAGGGGGCAAAACGCCGGACCCCAAGCUGCAGUCCAGGUCGUACAUGGACGUCAUGAAGGAGCAGCACCUGACCAAAGAGGAGGUAAGACAGACCACAUAAACCCCCUUUGUGGUCCUCGAGUAGCCCCAACAGUACACAUCUUUAUUGUAGCCCCGGACCAGCACACAUGAUUCAACUUGUCAACUAAUCAUCAAGUCCUCAAUGAGUUGAAUGAGGUGUGUUUGUCCAGGGCUACAACAAAAAAUGUGUACUGUUGGGGGUACUGGAGGACCAGGGUUGGGAAACACUGGUUUAGACCAAGGGCAUAGCUUUGUCUUGAGGUUAUGUUUCUGAUUGUUGUGUGUCCAUAAAGGAUAUAAUUAAGCAAUAAGGCCCAAGGGGGUGUGGUAUAUGGCCAAUAUACCACGGCUAAUAGCUGUUCUUAUGCAAGACGCAACGCGGAGUGCCUGGAUACAGCCCUUAACCGUGGUAUAUUGGCUGUAACCCACAAACCCCUGAGGUGCCUUAUUGCUAUUAUAAACUGGUUACCAAUGUAAUUACAAUAGUAAAAAGUAAUGUUUUGUCAUACCUGUGGUAUAUGGUCUGAUAUACCAUGGCUUUCAGACAAUCAGAAUUCAGGGCUCGAACCACCCAGUUUAUAAUAAAUACAAUUUUAUUAUGUGGUUGUAUCGUUCAGUGUGGUGUGUCGUUGCCUACAAUAGACUUAAUUCCUACAAAUCCCACGGGAAACUUUCCCCUGUUGUUUAUCCUUUGGUUGGUUUUCUCACUCUCCCUGCUCUCACUCUGUGCAGAAAGAGAUCCGUCAGCAGAUGGCAGAGAAGGCCAAGACAGGAGACCUGAAGGCUGUCAACGGCUCUGCUGCCUCCCAGGCUGCUGCUGCUGCCGCUGCCGCCAAGCGUAAACGCCGAUGGGACCAGACAGCCGAGAAACAGGACCAAUCGGGAACCCCCAGCAACGCCGGCACACCUAAGAAGAUGUCCAGCUGGGACCAGGCCGACCAGGCUGCUGAGGUAAAAUGUAUUAUCUUAGUUGAUCAGAUCCAGUUUGUAUCCUUACAAUUAUUUAGUUUGGUCUGGUGUUCGAUCAGCAAAUGAUAUAGAACCAAGUGUUUUUGGGGCAGUUUAUUUGUCUUGCCUAGGCUUCAAAUAUGCCUUUUAAGAUCCUAGUGGAACAAAGGAACUCAACCAUGCUUCUCCAGUUUACAUUUCUGUACUUGAGAACUCACUGAGCCCUUUAUCCCCGGACUCCCCCCCACCACUACACAUGCAGCAGACCCCAGGACACACCCCUGGCCACACCCCCUCCAACAGCCGCUGGGACGAGACCCCCGGAAGGAACAAGGGCAGCGAGACACCAGGGGCCACCCCCAGCACCCGAAUGUGGGACCCCACCCCUAGCCACACCCCAGCUGGAGCAGCCACGCCAGGCAGAGGGGACACACCAGGACACACCACCCCUGGACACGGGGGAGCCACAGGCAGCGUGCGCAAAAACCGAUGGGACGAGACCCCCAAGACGGAGAGAGAGACCCCUGGUCAUGGUAGUGGUUGGGCCGAGACCCCCCGUACAGACCGAGGAGAUGAGUCAGUGGGAGAGACCCCCACCCCGGGGGCCAGUAAAAGGAAGUCCCGUUGGGACGAGACACCCGCCAGCCAGAUGGGCUCUUCCACCCCACUGAUGACCCCUGGGAAGACUCCCAUCGGAACCCCUGCCAUGAAUAUGGCCACUCCCUCUCCAGGUACUGUUAAUCACCUAGCCUUCCUCUCAGGCCUUUGAAACCCGUUUUCAAUUCCUUAGAGGUAGACCCGUGGGGCGGCGCCCAAUUGGCCCAGCGUCAUCCAGGGUAGGGGAGGGAAUGGCUGGCAGGGAUGUAGCUCAGUUGGUAGAGCAUGGCGUUUGCAACGCCAGGGUUGUGGGUUCGAUUCCCACAGGGGGUAUAAAAAAAAUAAUGUAUGCACUCACUCUGGAUAAGAGCGUCUGCUAAAUGACUAAAAUGUAAUAUCAUAUAACACUGAUAACUGUUGGUGAAUUGAUAUUAUGUACUUGUUGUUAAUUUACUAGUAGUAUAAAUGAGCAGGAAUAGAAGUAGUGUAAUGUCCCACUAAGUGGUGAUACUAGGGUUAUUGAGGCAUGUUUUCCAUUAUGCAUGUGUUUCCUAUCCUGUCAGGUCACCUGAUGAGCAUGACCCCAGAGCAGCUGCAGGCGUGGCGUUGGGAGAGGGAGAUAGACGAGAGGAACCGACCACUCACAGACGAGGAGCUGGAUGCCAUGUUCCCAGAGGGAUACAAGGUAGAGGACACACACCCUCCCCAGCACAAUGGAGAAAUAGAGCUCAACUGUCACUUGUCACAUCAAAUGCGGUAUCUAUAUAAAGUGAUUAAAUGGUCUUCGGUGAGCCAGGGUCACGUUCUGUGUCUCUGGGUUUGGUUCCCCACAGCAGCGUGUCUCUUCAGUUGAAGACAUCGAGGCAUUUGUCCGAGAAGGGCUCAAUCCAUUACAGAAAUAGAGUGAAAGGAACUGAAGUAAAUGAGUUAAUCACUAAAGUAUGAUAAAUGAACAAUACUAACAUCUCAUCCUCCACCUCCCUCCACAGGUCCUUCCCCCACCAGCAGGCUACGUGCCCAUCCGUACCCCAGCCCGGAAGCUGUCGGCCACCCCCACCCCCAUGGGGGGCAUGACAGGCUUCCAUAUGCAGCAGGAGGACCGUUCCAUGAAGCAGAUCAAUGACCAGCCCAGUGGGAACCUGCCCUUCCUCAAACCAGACGACAUCCAGUACUUUGACAAGCUGCUGGUUGAGGUGGAUGAGUCCACUCUUAGCCCAGAGGAACAGAAGGAGCGUAAGAUCAUGAAACUGCUGCUGAAGAUCAAGAACGGAACACCUCCCAUGAGAAAGGUGAGACCAGCUGCCAACAGUCAUCACAGAAUUAAAUGGAACUUUUCUCUGACCAAGAUGGCUGCCAUUAUCAGAACAGUCUUGAGUUAUGAAGGUUUGACAUAGGCCUAUCUAGUGUUACCUUUUAUCUCUAUAGUCUUAACUCCAUCUUCCUUUUGGUGUGUAACUCUCACCACUGAAAAGUCAAUGGUCCAGUCUAACCCUCUUGCGGCUCUCCUCAGGCUGCCCUGCGUCAGAUAACAGACAAGGCGAGGGAGUUUGGAGCAGGGCCCCUGUUCAACCAGAUCCUACCCCUGCUCAUGUCUCCUACCCUGGAGGACCAGGAGCGCCACCUGCUGGUCAAGGUCAUCGACCGCAUCCUCUACAAGCUGGACGACCUGGUCCGCCCAUACGUACACAAGGUGUGUGUGUGUGUGUGAGAGAGCGAGGAACUCGCUGACUCGGGAUACAAUAUGUCUCCUGUGCCGAGGUUGGCCCUCACUAAUUGACUAUCUGUUCCCCAGAUCCUGGUGGUGAUUGAGCCGCUGCUGAUUGAUGAAGAUUACUACGCCAGAGUGGAGGGUAGAGAGAUCAUCUCUAACUUGGCCAAGGUGAGCCCCACUUCCAGCCCUAUAAUGUACUCACACACCCACCACAGUUGGGUAAUAUGCCUGCGAAUCAUUCUCGCCUGUUCGACCGAUCCGUGGUCAGAUCAGGGCUAGUACUUCGCUAUAUGAAAAACCAGCACGAGAACUAGCCGAUCUGACAUCCAGUUCAUUUCUGUUCUCACCCUGCACCCGUUGGUCACAUUCCCAAAGCAAGUAGCUAAUACAAUUUGAUCUGAAAUCACAUUAGAAAAUGAUACUUAUGGUGUCUAAUCAAGCAGUAUCAUAAACACCUAUUCAUCUUAGUUGAUUUCUUCCAUCUCUUACCCUCCCUCUCUAUCUCUUUCCCUCCCUCCCUCUCUAGGCUGCCGGCCUGGCCACUAUGAUCUCCACUAUGAGACCUGAUAUUGACAACAUGGACGAAUACGUCAGAAAUACAACAGCUAGAGCUUUCGCUGUCGUAGCGUCCGCUCUGGGUAUCCCCUCCCUGCUGCCCUUCCUCAAGGCUGUGUGUAAGAGCAAGAAGUCAUGGCAGGCCCGCCACACGGGCAUCAAGAUUGUCCAGCAGAUCGCCAUCCUCAUGGGCUGUGCCAUCCUACCCCAUCUGAGGAGUCUGGUGGAGAUCAUCGAGCAUGGUGAGUAGAGGGCGACACUGCCUGACAUGGUAUGGGACCUGAGGGGGUAGUUUAGUUUUCUAGUAAUAGUACAUUUGUUAUAUUUAGGAGUGACUAGUGUAUUUGACUCAAGCGUAGUUUAGUUUACAAGUAUCUAGAGUGCGGGGGUUGUUUAUUUUAAAGUGCAUUUCACACGUGGUCACAAUACACUUUACCAAUAAGGAUAAAAUAUGAUGAUCUCAUACUGACCUCUACUGUGUCUGCCCCCCUCAGGUCUGGUGGAUGAGCAGCAGAAGGUACGGACCAUCAGUGCCCUGGCCAUCGCUGCCCUGGCUGAGGCUGCCACGCCCUACGGUAUCGAGUCCUUUGACUCUGUACUCAAACCCCUGUGGAAGGGUAUCAGACAGCACAGAGGAAAGGUGAGGACGCAUUGCUUUGUCACAUGCCUGCGAAUCAUUCUCGCCUUUUGGACCUAUCAGUGGUCAGAUCAGGGCUAGUACUUCGCUAGAUGGACACCAACAUGAGAACUGGCAGAUCUGACAUCCAUUUCACUUCUGUUCUCACCCUGCACCCGUUGGUUACAUUCCCAAAACAGUUAACAGGUACAAACACCCGUUGGUUACAUUCCCAAAACAGUUAACAGGUACAAACACCCGUUGGUUACAUUCCCAAAACAGUUAACAGGUACAAACACCCGUUGGUUACAUUCCCAAAACAGUUAACAGGUACAAACACCCGUUGGUUACAUUCCCAAAACAGUUAACAGGUACAAACACCCGUUGGUUACAUUCCCAAAACAGUUAACAGGUACAAACACCCGUUGGUUACAUUCCCAAAACAGUUAACAGGUACAAACACCCGUUGGUUACAUUCCCAAAACAGUUAACAGGUACAAACACCUGUUGGUUACAUUCCCAAAACAGUUUACAGGUACAAACACCCGUUGGUUACAUUCCCAAAACAGUUAACAGGUACAAACACCCGUUGGUUACAUUCCCAAAACAGUUAACAGGUACAAACACCCGUUGGUUACAUUCCCAAAACAGUUAACAGGUACAAACACCCGUUGGUUACAUUCCCAAAACAGUUAACAGGUACAAACACCCGUUGGUUACAUUCCCAAAACAGUUAACAGGUACAAACACCCGUUGGUUACAUUCCCAAAACAGUUUACAGGUACAAACACCCGUUGGUUACAUUCCCAAAACAGUUAACAGGUACAAACACCCGUUGGUUACAUUCCCAAAACAGUUAACAGGUACAAACACCCGUUGGUUACAUUCCCAAAACAGUUUACAGGUACAAACACCCGUUGGUUACAUUCCCAAAACAGUUAACAGGUUAAUACUAACAUGUUUACUUGACAUCACAAUACAACUUCAUUUCAGGAUCUUGCCGUAAGCCCGGGAUCUUGCCUGUAUAGAUACCAGUGUUUCCCCUAUAGUCAUUCAAUCGUGGCCGCUACUCACAAAAACAAGGUGUACAUUAUAAUAAAAACAAAUAUAGAAGAAAAAAAGUGUGGGAUCCUUAAACGUUUUCAGUGUGAACUUAAACGUUAUGUUAUGUUUGAGUCACUCCGAUGGCGUAAGAACACGGCAUAAGCCAAUUUUCUUUUAGCACAAUGGCAAAACGUUUUGAAUUGCAGGAAACUAGCUUUAAAACAGCAAAAUCGUAUGGAUACAGUAACUGAGUUAACUCUUACCUCUCCCCUCUUGUGUCCAGGGUCUGGCUGCGUUCCUGAAGGCCAUUGGCUACCUGAUCCCUCUGAUGGAUGCUGAGUAUGCUAACUACUACACCAGAGAGGUCAUGUUGAUCCUCAUCAGAGAGUUCCAGUCCCCUGACGAGGAGAUGAAGAAGAUCGUGCUCAAGGUGAGGGAGCCUGUGUGUGUGUGUACGAGACUAAUUAUCGCCUGUUGGACCUGUCAGUGGUCAGAUCAGGGCUAGUACUUCGCUAGAUGGACACCAACAUGAGAACUAGCAGAUCUGACAUCCAGUUAAUUUCUGUUCUCACCCUGCACCCGUUCGUUACAUUUCCAUAAUGAAAAUAAGUUGUAGAUGCUAGCUAUUACACUUAAAUCUGAAUUGGUGUUUGUGUGCCCUGUUUCUAACCCCCAUUGUUCCCUCUCUCUUCCAGGUGGUGAAACAGUGCUGUGGUACUGACGGUGUGGAGGCCAACUACAUCAAGACAGAGAUCCUGCCCCCUUUCUUCAAGCACUUCUGGCAACACAGGAUGGCUCUGGACAGACGCAACUACAGACAGGUACGUACAGACGUAGCUCAAACGGGAACGACUCCAAGCAUAUCCCUUAUAUUCAAUGGGUUGAUUACAGACCAAUAGUAAAUGUUUUACCAAGCAUAAAUCAGUAGAAGUCUUAAUUUAUGACAAGAAAAAUAAACAUAUUUUAGCCUCAAUGGGGCAAACUGGUAAAAUACAAACAAAUGCAAUUUCUGACUAACAUUAAAAUCCGGUCAUACUUAAUUCAUGACUGGUGUGUUUUGGGUGAUGUCUGUGAACUAACCUCUUCCCUGUAUGUCUGCCCAUCCUCAAGCUGGUGGACACAACAGUGGAGCUGGCCAACAAGGUGGGUGCGGCAGAGAUAAUCUCUCGUAUCGUGGAUGACCUGAAGGACGAGGCAGAGCAAUACAGGAAGAUGGUGAUGGAGACCAUAGAGAAGAUCAUGGGGAACCUGGGAGCUGCUGACAUCGACCACAAGCUGGAGGAGCAGCUGAUCGACGGCAUACUGUACGCCUUCCAGGAACAGACCACGGAGGUGAGACCACGGGGUGGAGACCACGGGGUGGAGACCACGGGGUGGAGACCACGGGGUGGAGACCACGGGGGGGAGACCACGGGGGGGAGACCACGGGGGGGAGACCAGGGGCAUGUUCAGCAAAGAACAAUGUUGUGGAACAUUGAGAUAGAAGUGGGUUAUGUAGAAUAAGGAAUCAUGUCGGCUCAUGACAUCUCUAUCUACAACGUUCCAGGACCCGAUUUCCCCAUAGCGAUGGAACUUAGGCUUACGAGUGUUUUAAACAAUGCAUCUUUUCUACAAUGGCCUAAGAUGUAACAUGCAUUUCCCAAAACACUACGCAGAGAGAACAGUUGCUAAGUGUGUCGGAGUAUGUGUCGAUAUUGAUAGGAAUGGAAGAAAGGCAGUGCUGUUCUCGGAUCAGCUUUCUCAGUUAAAAUCUUACCUUAACAUUAUAAUUAUUUCACAAUACUGACAAUGGAUCAGCACCUAGAGAGAUAUUAUCACCUACGGCUGCAAAUAUUAAGGUGGCUUAUUAUAAUGCUUACCCAAUACAAAUUGGCACAUGUUAGGCUACACAUCAUGAAAUAUAUUCACACAAAUUACAGACAAUCUUGUCUGCAAGUAGCAAAAUAGAACUCAAUUGAUUGAACAUGAAAUGUAUUUCAAUAUGAUUGACAGAUCUAUAGCCUACUGUUUAUUUUAAUGCAGUCAUCUUUUUAUAGACCAUGUCACUUGUUUGUAUCAAUUGCGAAGACAUUGGCAACUUUGUAUUUGUAGGCAACUUUGUUCUGAUGUUACCAGCGUUCAGAGACUGAUAAACAAUGUGAUUCUAUGUUUAGCGGAGAUCUUCUGUGUAUGAAGUGACAUGGGAAGGCAGAAAGUAUCGAACGACGCACUUAGCUGUUCUACAAGGGGUGUGAGGCAGGUGUUAGAUUGCGAGCGUUUUCAAGUGCAACGUUAAUUACGAUGGUUUUGGGAAACAGCUCCGUGAUUUAACGAUGCUCCUACGAUGGUUCUAACGAUUAACUUAGCCUUAAGAUGCUUUUGGGAAACCUACUGAAGCUGGCCCAGGGUAUAACGUUGGGAAAAGCCUGUGAUGAAACAAGUUAUCCAUGUCUGAACAGCAGUGUGGAUUUAUGGUAAUCUGAGGCUUGAUGGGAGAUUCAUAUUGAUUUGAAUGGAUAACUGUGCCUUGUUCCCUUUAAACCAGAGCCCUUUGGGCCUUGGUCAAAUGUAGUGCGCUAUAUAGGGAAUAAGAUGACAUUUUGGAUGCAGACACUCUCAGUCCAUCAUUAGCCUACCUGUGUAGAAUAUGACUGACUGUAGGAGUUGACCUCUGACCCCUGCAGGACUCUGUGAUGCUGAAUGGGUUUGGCACGGUGGUGAAUGCCCUGGGGAAGAGGGUGAAGCCCUACCUGCCUCAGAUCUGUGGUACGGUGCUGUGGCGUCUCAACAACAAGUCCGCCAAGGUCCGCCAGCAGGCUGCUGACCUCAUCUCCCGUACCGCCGUGGUCAUGAAGACCUGCCAGGAGGUUAGUCUUCCCAACACACACUUUACGCACGCACAUACACACACACACCCGACACACUCGUAUUGCACAUAUACACUCCCUCUCUCUCUCUCAUACUCGCACACUCACGCACUCACUGAAAUACUCACUCACUGCAAUGAUAUCACCUUCACUGACUGAGUCAUAUAGAGAGUUUCCCUUUCCUUUCUAAACCUCUUUCUCUCCCCACAUCUCCCCCCUCCUCUCAACAGGAGAAGCUGAUUCCCUUUCUAAACCUCUCUCUCCCCCCUCAACAGGAGAAGCUGAUUCCCUUUCUAAACCUCUCUCUCCCCCCUCCCCUCAACAGGAGAAGCUGAUUUCCUUUCUAAACCUCUCUCUCUCCCCUCAACAGGAGAAGCUGAUUUCCUUUCUAACCUCUCUCUCGCUCUUCCCCCUCUCCUCCACAGGAAAAGCUGAUGGGUCACCUGGGAGUUGUGUUAUACGAGUAUCUAGGAGAAGAGUAUCCUGAAGUACUGGGAAGCAUCCUUGGUGCUCUCAAGGCCAUCGUCAACGUCAUUGGUGCGUAACCGUUACCCUCUCACUACUACAACUCCCUGUCUUCUGACCAAUAGCAUGUUGACACUAAGGUUGAUGACCCUUUGGCCCUGGGUCACAUGUCUGUGAAUCAUUCUCGCCUGUUCGACCGAUCCUUGGUCAGAUCAGGGCUAGUACUUUGCUAGAUGGACACCAACAUGAGAACUGGCAGAUCUGACAUCCAGUUCAUUUCUGCUCUCGCCCUGCACCCACUGGUUACAAAUGAAAAUACAUUAGUUUUAUUUUCCAAAAUGCUAUCCAAUCUCUGUCUUAUAGCUCCAUACACUCUCAGCCCACUAAUUUAGCCCUCUCACUCCCUGAGACGGGCUGAAAUGUUUUGAGAAAGCGCUCCAGUGGGUAGAGAAAUGCCUGUGAAUGAAUUGUGUUAGUUGAGUUCAGUGAAGAACAAGGAUUGGGCUGGUUUAACAGCAGUAACGCUAUAAGCGUGGUUAUGAUUAAGUUAUGGUAGUAGAUGUGUUAAGACUUGGUGAUAUGCAUCCAGAGAGCUGAUUGGUUGUCUGUCCUGUCACUCAGGCAUGCACAAGAUGACUCCACCAAUCAAAGACCUGCUGCCUCGGCUGACGCCCAUCCUGAAGAACAGACAUGAGAAGGUGCAGGAGAACUGUAUUGACCUGGUUGGCAGGAUUGCUGACAGGUACGUCUGUAGCAAAGCAAUCACACACACACACACACUCUGAAAGAUUGGACUACAUUAGUGUGAAUCUGUGUCAAUCUUUGACUCACACAUUCACUAGUAUAUUCCAAUAUUUGACUCCUAAGCAUAUGUGGAAACAUUUGAUAAAAUAGUAGAUGUUUCAUCAACCAUGUUGUAAUUGUGUGUGUAGGGGUGCUGAGUACGUGUCUGCCAGGGAGUGGAUGCGUAUCUGCUUUGAGCUGCUGGAGCUCCUCAAGGCCCACAAAAAGGCCAUCCGCAGAGCCACCGUCAACACCUUCGGAUACAUCGCCAAGGCUAUCGGGUGAGUCCUGUCUCUGGCUACUGCCCAAUACUUCUCUCAAGAGUUGUUGAUCUCCAUUAGUGCACAUUUAUUAGGGUUUAUGUUUAGGAGAGUGUAUGGUUUUCUGAGCAUCCAUGAAAAAUGUUGGUUCAAUAAAGUUGUAUUAUAAUGAUGCUUGGUGAUACUUCACCUGUUACUGUCAUGGUAACCAGUAUAUAUUUAGCCUAUCAUUGACCUAUUGACCUCUCCACCCCUCCAGACCCCAUGAUGUGCUGGCCACACUACUUAACAACCUGAAGGUUCAGGAACGGCAGAACAGAGUGUGUACCACCGUAGCCAUCGCCAUCGUGGCUGAGACCUGUUCUCCCUUCACCGUGCUCCCCGCCCUCAUGAACGAGUACCGCGUGCCCGAGCUCAACGUGCAGAACGGCGUGCUCAAGUCCCUGUCCUUCCUGUUUGAGUACAUCGGGGAGAUGGGCAAGGACUACAUCUACGCUGUCACGCCCCUGCUGGAGGACGCGCUGAUGGACAGGUGAGAGGACCAAACAUUGGAACUAACAAUCAGUCUGGUGGGCUGACUAAAGUCACAGUAACGCUGUAGUCACUAAACCAAAAACAUAACAUUUCCCAAGUAUUGUAAAUGCAUCGAGCUACAUGGCCACACUAUCCUGACCAAGAUCAGUACUUAGCCAUUGGUGCUGCUGUCCGUAACAGUUAGGGGUCACUCGGUUGAAUGUGCUGUAAUAUAACUGCGAACCAUUCUUGCCUGUUGGACCGGUCCGUGGUCAGAUCAGGGCUAGUACUUCACUAGAUGGACACCAACAUGAGAACUAGCAGAUCUGACAUUGUUAAUUUCUGUUCUCACCCUGCACCUGUUGGUUACAAAGGAAAAGUCAAGUGUCAUUCAUUGUCAUUGUGGAUUUUCUCCACAGAAUUAGAAUAUAUAGUAGACCCCACCUGCUUCUUUGCACCUUUUGACUGGCCCCAUGGUAACCCUGGUUCUCCUCUCUCUCUUCCUUGCAGAGACCUGGUCCACAGACAGACUGCCAGUGCCGUGGUGCAACACAUGUCCCUGGGCGUCUACGGCUUCGGCUGUGAGGACUCCCUUAACCACUUGUUGAACUACGUGUGGCCCAACGUGUUUGAGACGUCGCCCCAUGUGAUCCAGGCUGUCAUGGGGGCCCUGGAGGGCCUCAGGGUGGCAAUCGGCCCCUGCCGCAUGCUGCAGUAUUGCCUGCAGGUAAACCUGACUGCUACUACAUCACUGAUCUCCUUGCUCUGACAGACAGGUAGCAGAUUGACUACUAUCUGCUACUAGAUAGAAUGACUAGGCUCAUUCUAGAAUAGCUGAGUGUUGAGAAUUGACAUAAAAUGUCCAGAAAGUGAUGCAAAUUUGGUAAGUUAUCACUAUCAACAGCAACAUACCUUUAUGAACUCCAUGAACAAGCUGCGGUGGAUACACUAUCUAUAAAAAAGUAUGUGGACACCCCUUCAAGAUUGUGGAUUUGGCUAUUUAAGCCACACCCGUUGCUGACCGGUGUAUAAAAUUGGGCACACAGCCAUGCAAUCGCAAUAGACAAAUAUUAGCAGUAGAAUGGCCUUACUGAAGAGCUCUGUGACUUUCAACGUGGCACUGUCAUAGGCAUCCUUUCCAACAAGUCAGUUCAUCAAAUUUCUGCACUGCUAGAGCUGCCCCAGUCAACUGGAAGUGCUGUUAUUGUGAAGUGUAAACGUCUAGGAGCAACAACGGCUCAGCCGCAAAGUGGUAGGCCAUACAAGCUCACAGAACGGUAUCGCCGAGUGCUGAAGUGCAUAGCACGUAAAAAUAAUCUGUCCUCAGUUGCAACACUCACUACCAAGUUCCAAACUGCCUCUGGAAGCAAAAUCAGCACAAUAACUGUUUGUCGGGAGAUUCAUGAAAUGGGUUUCCAUGGCCAAGCUGCCGCAACACAAGCCUAAAAUCACCAUGUGCAAUGCCAAGCGUCGGCUGGAGUGGUGUAAAUGCCGCCAUUGGACUCUGGAGCAGUGGAAACGCGUUCUCUGGCGUGAUGAAUCAAGGUUCACCAUCUGGCAGUCCGACGGACGAAUCUGGUUUGGCAGAUGCCAGGAGAAUGCUACCUGCCCGAAUGCAUAGUGCCAACUGUAAAGUUUGGAAUAAUGGUCUGGGGCUGUUUUUCAUGGUUCGGGCUAGGCCCCUUAGUUCCAGUGAAGGGAAAUCUUAACGCUACAGCAUACAAUGACGUUCUAGACGAUUCUGUGCUUGCAACAGUUUGGGGAAGGCCCUUUCCUGUUUCAGCAUGACAAUGCCCCUGUGCACAAAGCGAGGUCCAUACAGCAAUGGUUUGUCGAGAUCGGUGUGGAAGAACUUGACUGGCCUGCACAGAGCCCUGACCUCAACCCCAUCGAACACCUUUGGGAUGAAUUGGAACAUCGACUGCGAGCCAGGCCUAAUCGCCCAACAUCAGUGCCUGACCUCACUAAUGCUCUUGUGGCUGAAUGGAAGCAAGUCCACGCAGCAAUGUUCCAACAUCUAGUGGAAAGCCUUCCCAGAAGAGUGGAGGCUGUUAUAGCAGCAAAGGGGGGACCAACUCCAUAUUAAUGCCCAUGAUUUUGGAAUGAGAUGUUCGACGAGCAGUUGUCCACGUACUUUUGGUCAUGUAGUGUAUUUAGUAAAAGCAACAAACCUAGUAGCAAGGGUGGGUAGGGGUGGAAAACAUGGUUUCCUGGGGGGGGGAACAUGUUGGCUGGGUAGCUUUGGGGGAAUGGGAUGGGAUGGGAGGUUGGGGGUGGAGACAUGUUGGCUGGGUGGGGUUGGGGGGAUGGGAGGUUGGGGGUGGAGGACCACUUUUUUUUGUUUUAUUUUCCUGUUAAUUAUUAAACUCUGUAUAUAUUUCUUACUGUUUUUUGUUGUUGAGUGGCAGCCUACGGGUACAUGUUUUAUAAACAAAAAAUGUAAAUGGAUAAUGUACCUGUAACCCCCUCAACCAAAAAUUACUAAACAAAUAAACUAUAAUGAUAGUAGCACUGUAAGUGCAGCCAUUGAGUUGAUAAUGCUCUCUAACCCUGUUUCCUCUCUAGGGUCUCUUCCACCCAGCCAGGAAGGUCCGAGACGUCUACUGGAAGAUCUACAACUCUAUCUACAUCGGUUCCCAGGAUGCUCUGAUCGCUCACUACCCCCACGUCUACAACGACGAGAAGAACCCUUACCUCCGCUAUGAGCUGGAGUACUUCCUGUGAUUCUGCUCUCUUUUCUCUCUCUGUUCACGCUCUCUCUUUCUCUCUCUGUUGACGCUCUCUCUCUGUUGACGCUCUCUCUGUUCACGCUCUCUCUUUCUCUCUGUUCACGCUCUCUCUUUCUCUCUGUUCAUGCUCUCUUUAUCUCUCUGUUCACGCUCUUUCUCUGUUCACUCUCUAUCUCUCUGUUCACUCUCUCUCUGCCGAUCUCCUCCCCUUUCCCUCUCCUCUCUUUCAGCUAUCUCUUCUCUCUGUCCACUCUUCGUCCUAUCUCUCUUGGUGUAUAGAUAGGACUUGGUCCAUUUUUUAUUAUUAUUUAGCGCCUCUGUCUUUGUAGUGGGUGUGUCCAACAAGAUUCAUUUUUAAUCAAAUAAAAACUUUGAUUAGGGAGAAAAAAAUAUGAAACUGAACAAUUUCUUAGACCUUGUAUGUUUUGUUUAUUUUAUAAUAAUCAUUUCCAUAAGGAAUGACAGACAUACAGUGAAGUGCAGGAUCUAAGUUAGCCAUGUUAACGAAUGGUGAGUUUUGAAGCUCUUUAAAAUAGUCAUGGUUUCUGUGUACCGGCAUCUGUAACGGCCGUUCCUUCUCAAUCCUCUGCUCACCUAUCAGUGAUCACCCCUCUGUUCUUAUCAGAAUGUUGCUUUAUUUGACUAAAUAAACGUUUGUGUAUAAAAUUAA